AUGACGGCAUGCGUUGCUUUCGUCGUCGAUAUCGCUGUUGCUACGGUAUCAGAUUGGAAGCAAGGCUGCUGUAAACGCAACCCAUUCCUAAACAUCGAACGCUGCUGUGCAGGCAAGGUCGCGGCGGAACUCGGAAAUGGGUACUGUGAUGAAUGGCACGUAUGGAGUUCAUACUACAACAAGAGCUUCGCAGUCUAUGUCGCCCUCGCACUCAUCUUCGGAAUCAUAUCCUCCAGCGCUACAAUGACAACCCGGAGCGAACUCCCUUCUGCACCAACUCCGAGCAAAGAAGAAUCACUGCCGCAGAUCAAAGUCAACGGCCUGGCAGACGACACACCCCCUUCAACUCCAACGAAACGAGAGCGUGGGAAGGUCAUGUACAUGGCCUCUGGCAGCGGCAUCCCCGAAAUCAAAACCAUCCUUUCCGGCUUCAACAUCCCGUCCUUCCUCUCCUUCAAAGUCCUCUUCAUCAAGGCCUUUGGCGCCAUCUUCGCCGUUUCGACGGGCAUGUGUCUCGGCAAAGAAGGCCCCUUUGUGCACAUCUCGACAUGCGUCGGAUACCUAGUUGGCAUGCUGUUCCCCAAAUACCGCACUAACGGCCGGAAAAUGCGCGAACUACUCAGCGCCGCAUGCUCCAGUGGUCUAUCCGUAGCCUUUGGCGCGCCCAUCGGCGGCGUCCUCUUUAGCUACGAGGAAAUCAGCACAUACUUCCCGCGUAAAGUGCUUUGGCGCGCGUUCCUAUGCUCGCUCGUGGCCGCCAUGGUGCUGAAGGAACUCAACCCAACAGGCACGGGCAAACUCGUGCUCUUCGAGACAAACUACGGCACAGAAUACAAACCAAUCCACUACCUCGUCUUCAUCCUGCUCGGAAUCGCAGGCGGCAUCUUCGGCGGCGUGUUCUGCAAAUUAAACUUCAUCUGGGGCAAAUGGUUCCGCGCCUUCCCUAUCAUCAAGAAGAAUCCCGUCCUUGAAGUCGCCCUCGUAACGCUGCUCACCGCGCUGAUUCAAUUCCCCAACCCUUUAACCCACGAGCCGGGAGACGUCACUAUCAAGAACCUGCUUAUAGAUUGCUCACAACCCUCUUCCCGCCCCUCGUACAUAUGCCACCAAGAGAGCCUCACCACCACGCCAAACUGGCCAUACAUCACCUCCCUCCUAACCGGCACCCUCUCCAAACUCCUCCUCACAAUCCUCACCUUCGGCAUCAAAGUCCCCAGCGGCGUCAUAAUCCCCGCCCUGUCCGCCGGCGCCCUCUUCGGCCGUCUCGUCGCGCAAUUCCUGCCCUCCUCCAGCAGUGCCAGCCCGGGCAUCUUCGCCAUGGUCGGCAGCGCCGCCUUCCUCGCCGGCAUCAGUCGCAUGAGCAUAUCGCUCGCCGUCAUCAUGUUCGAACUCACCGGCCAGCUGUCUUACGUCGUGCCACACAUGCUCGCCAUCUUGGUUGCGAAAUGGGUCGCGGACACGAUUAGUGCAGAGGGCGUGUACGACCUCGCGCAAACCGUGCUGGGCCACCCGUUUCUCGACGCCGAUGUCGCGCUGCAAAUCGCUAGAAGGAAGAAGUUGAACACGAGUGUGUUGGUCCCGCCGAAGCGCACGAUGGCCGAGAUUACUGUGGAGGUGCCCGCGUGCAAUAAAGUCCCCUACGAGGUGCUGAAGCAGAAACUCGAGCAGUUGCAUGACAGGGGAUUGAUGGAUGCGGGAUUGGUGCUGGUGCAGACUCAUCCGCACAAUACGGUGCCCAUCUUGCAGGGCUAUAUUGCGCAGACGGAGUUGGAGUUUGGGCUUACGAAACUUAUUCCGAGCUCGUUUCCAGCUGAUUUACAGGUUAGGGUGCUGGGACAUGCGAUUGACGAUGAGGCAGCGCCUGAAAGUCUGGAGGUAGAUUUGACACCCUUCGUGGAUCGUACGCCGUUGAGUAUUUGUGCGAAAGCGCCAUUGGAAUAUGCGGUUGAAAUGUUUUCGAAGCUGGGACUGCGGUAUCUUUGCAUCACUGAGGAAGGAACGGGGAGGCUGGUGGGAGUGGUCAUCAAGAAAAGACUGGUUGGAUACCUUGAGCAUCUCAGAGAGCAUGGCGAAGAUGAGUAG